GUUGUGAACUCUUGGGGAAACAUGUGAGGCGUGUUCAUUUGUACAGUUCUUUUCAGAUACUUUAUCAAUUAAUUAUUUAACCAAUAAAGUCCAGACAUGCAUGAAAGGCUGCUUCCUGCCUCUCCGAACUGGUACUGUUCGCGGUGCUGUGACGUCAACAGCAGCGGUUUACUGGGCGUCGGAGCCAAAAACUUACUCUAUUUGAUUGACGUGUCUGCAUCCACCUGCAGGACUGUAGGUGUCCUCGUGGGCCAUAAAGGCUUGGUGUCGGGCGUUUCUUUCUGCCGGGAUUCGACACAAACUCACUUAUGCGCCACCUCCUCUGGCGAUGGCGUGGUCCUCUUCUGGGAUACAAACACCCAAGCUCUUCUACGAGAAGAUGCGGACCAUCAGAACCCCAUCUCGGCCUUGCACUGGUCCCCUCUGGACAAGAACCUGGUGGUGUCGGGGGAUGAGAAGGGGAUCGUGGUGUGCCACUGGUACAACACAGGGGACACAGCAAGUUUCUUCCCGGAGCCCAGAAGCAUCGUCUGCCUCACCUGCUCCCCUCACACGUGGAGCACAGUGGCUGUCGGGUACAAAGAUGGCAUGAUUGUGCUGAUUGACGUGAGCAAGAAAGGUGAGGUGACGCACCGUCUUCGCGGGCACGAUGACGACAUCCACUCUUUGGCGUGGUCUCCCCUCGGCGGCGAGGAUGCCCUCUACUGCCGAACAGAGCCCAGCGACGGUGGCGGUGAGCUCCGAGCAUCCAAUGGGAUGAGUGCAGGUGAAGAGAAAGCCUGCUAUCUUGCUUCUGGAAGCAAAGACCAGACGGUGAGGAUUUGGAGCACGGCGACAGGGAAAGGUGUGUCGACCUUGAAGCUGCCCUAUCUGAAGAGAAGAGGUUCUGCCGUCGACCCGACCCUCAAAGAGAGACUCUGGCUCAACGUCCUUUGGCCUAAAGGACGUCCCACGCAACUGGUGUCCAGCUGCUUCAGUGGGGAGCUCCUCAUGUGGGACUUAACCAGGACCGGGAAGCAGAAGUGGACCUUGUUUGGCUCGUCCUCCGAGGGACAAAACCACAGCAGGAUCGUCUUCAACACGGCGUCCGUCACCCUGUGGGACGGCCGUGAGCUGCUCCUCAGCACGUCUUUGGACAGAGAGGUGAAAUGCUGGGACCUGGCGUCCCUCAGCUGCUGCUGGACGCUGCCCACGCUGGGCGGGUUCGUGUACAGCCUCACCUUCUCGCCCGUCGGCACUGGCUGCCUCGCUGUGGGUGUGGGCGACAACAUGAUCCGGGUGUGGAACACGCUGUCCACACAGAACCACUACGACACACGCUGCUUCUGGCAGGGCAUCAAGUCCAAGGUCACGUCGCUGGCUUGGCACCCGAAAAGAGAGGGAACCUUGUCGUUUGGCACCGACGACGGGAAAGUUGGAAUCUACGAUGUCUUCUCCAAUAAGCCUCCGCAGAUCUCCAGCUCCUACCACAAAAAGACGGUGUACUCUCUGGCCUGGGGACCGUCGCUGCCACCGAUGUCAUUUGGGUCAGCAGAGGGCAAGCCAUCCUACAGCUUGUACAGCUGCGCCGGCGAGGGCGUCAUUCUGCAGCAUGACCCGUACAAGUUGAGUGGCGACGCCAGCGAUAUCAACAGCCUCAUCCGGGAGACCAACAACAUCAAGCACAAACUGUCUCCACACACUGACCUCAGCUGGAAGCCGGAUGGCAAAGUGGUCGCUAUUGGCAACGAGGACGGGUGCAUCGACGUCUAUCAGGCUCCGUCUCUGAAGCUCCUGUGCAGCAUCCAGCAGCACCACAAGAUCAUCAACACGCUGCGAUGGCACCCCGAACACAACGCGCCCCCAGAGCUGCACGGCCUGCUGGCCUCGGGUUCCAGCAAUGCCAUCGUCUACGUGCACGACCUACGCUCUGUAAUAGAGAACCCUCCAGAGAGCCCCCUGGUGUUGACAGAGUCGUACCGCAGGCUGUGUGGUCACACUUCCAAAAUCACUGGGAUGUCCUGGAGUCCUCACCACAGCGGCAAACUGGUCACUGUGUCCUACGACGGCACCGCCCAGGUGUGGGACGUGCAGCAGGAAAUGGAGGUCUCCAACUACCGGGGUCAUGUGGGGUACCUGCUGUGCGUGGACUGGUCCCCCGUCGACCCGGAUGUCAUCUGGACCGGAGGGAAGGACUUCACCGUGCAGGAGUGGAGAGUCUCCAAGCAGGAGUUCACAAAGCCCCCCAAAGGAAAGAAGAUGCUGGACCUGAAGGAGAAGGCCAAACAGAAGAAGAAGACCAAGAAGCCAACGCCAGAGGUUAACAGUGAGCCUGUGGCUGAGGUGGCCAGCACAGGACAGGGACCUUCGGAUGAAGAUGAAGAACAGGUGGAGGUCAUCUCUGCAAGCAGUCCUGUGCCUCCAACAGCCUCCUCAGCAGCUCAAAGGAAACCCUCGAGUCUAGUGAAGUGCAGAGACAAACCAGACUCAAACCUGCAGAAGAGGAAGAAGGCGCGCUCCUUGCUGCCUGUCAGCACCGCCAUGGAUCAUCGGCCCAAAGAGGAGCUCCUGCAGGACUGCCUCACCCUGGCGGCCGUCACACACGGCAGCGGGCCCCCUGCAGGUUGUGUCCCAGGCCAGGGUGAGCACGUCCACCUGGGCCUCUUCUCUGACAGAGCAGCUCUGCAUCGUAUGUUUGAUGCCGAAGAGGAGAGUCACGUGGAGUCCGGCCACUUUGAAUCGGUGGUCUACCUACGUCUGUGGAGCGGAGACCUGGAGGGGGCGCUGCAGCUGGCCGCUGAGAGAGGAGAACUCAACGACCACCUCCUCUCCAUGGCGCCAAUGGGGGGCUUCAAGGUGUGGCACAGCAUGGUGGAGCGCUACGUCAAGCAGCUGUGUCUGCAGGAGCAGUACCUGAAGGCGGCAUCUCACCUGCUGUCAAUCAACAAGCUGUACGACGCCAUCGACCUGCUGCGCUCUCAUAAGCUCUACAGGGAGGCCAUCGCUCUGGUCAAAGCCAGGCUGCCAUUGGAAGAUCCGGUCCUAAAGGAGCUGUACACCUGCUGGGCCUCCAUGCUGGAAAAGGACGGACAUUUCUCUGCCGCCGCUAAAUGUUACAUCGCUGUCGGCGCCAGUUUCGACGCCGCCAAGGUCAUUGCCCGCAAGAGCGACAUCUCUUCGCUGAGGACAGCGACCGCUCUAGCCAGUGUCUCGGGCGAGGACGCGCUGGCCCAGUCGCUGGCUCUGCGAUGCGCCAAAGACUUGGCCUCCAUGGGGGACUGGAUUGCCGCUCAGCAGGUCCUCGCCUCACAGAAAAGCCUGCUGGGGCACAGACUUCACCUCAGCAUGACCGAGCUGCUGUACGCCGCUCUGACACAGACGGGCUUUGUCCCCGAGUCGGGCAUCAUAGGUCAUGCAUGGGCGUCACCGUCAAGCGAGAACCACAUCCUGGAGCAGGCACAAGAAAUCUGGUCCGAGCAGUUUGGCGUUUCUAAAGUGGAGUCAGCGGGGGGUCGGGGUAACCUUGAGGAUCUCUUGCAGGAACUCAAGAGCGUGGCGAGUCCGACUAGGGUCACCGCCAGUCUUCCUCUCACACAGGUGCUGCUGUCAUCGUCUCUCCACGUGGCUCGCAGCGUCCUCAGCUGGUCGCUGGAUGACGCAGACCAGCUGAUAAAGGAGCUGUGGCAGGCAGUGGCAUGUUUCAGAGAGGCUGCGGACUUCGCUGUCUAUGCUGAAAUCUGCAGGAUUCUUAUCCCUGGCGGUGAUGUCAGCGCCUUGGUGAAGACGAAACCUCUCGUGUCCGAAGACGCCAAAGCGGCUGCCGACAGCCUGCAGGCGUGGGUCCUCUACCACAGGCUGUACAAGAACUGGUGGCGCCGCCCAGAUGACCACCACCAGGAGGCCAUCGUCACCAACGGUCUCAGUCAGCUCGGCUUUGAUGUGUCGCUGCUUCUGUCCGAUGCUCACGCUGCCUGUCAGGCCGAGCAGAGGUCAGUCAGAGAGAUCCAGGAGCACCUGGCUGCUAUGGUGAUGCAGCACAGCCGCAUCAACGCCACCAAUGGGGAUGCUCCAGAGCACCAUCUUGAGGAGACUAACCAGCAGUCUAAAGAGGAGGACACUUUCCUUUCCUUGACCACAAAGAUGUCCAGGCACCAAACGCAGCUGGCCAACAUUCCCGACACCAUCAAGUUGUAUCCUCAUCCAGAUGUCACCGAGUGCUGCCUGAUCCUCCUUCACCUUAGCCAGUCAUCCCUGUCCGUCCCUCAGUCUCUGCAGCAAGAGGCUAAAGACCUGCUGCGAAAAUACGCAACCAGCCCAGCGCUCCGGAAGGCCUCCAAUCGAUUCCUGAGCUGAGUCUUUUGACAAAAAAAAAAACCCCACCAAAAAAACCCCGCACUUCCACUGUACAGCUCUUUGUUGAAUUAAAAUGAAAAGUCAAAAAGUGGCAAAAUUGGACUUAAUUUUUGCUGCAUUUGAUAGUUUUAGAAAAAAAAUGCAAAAAAGUGUACAUGUAAAAUAGAAAACAAUUUAAUAUACAACUGUUUAAAACAAUGCAGAACGUAAAACAAACGGUAACCACAACAUCGUGAAGCUGACGCUGGACAAUGAAUGAGAACAGUAGUUUGUCCAAAGGAGGAAGCAUGCUCACUGUUAAAACCUUUCAUGUAAAGGGCUGUGGAGAAAUGCUAAAACAUUUUUAUUUUGCAUCAAAAAAAUGUUUCUUAAUUUACAGGCCCUUUCCGGCCGUGUUCACUUUUAAAAAGAAGUGAGUGCCGCUGGUGGAAAAAACAGGCGCUGGUCCCACACUGCUACAUCCAAAAAAAAAAAAAGAUUUUAAAAGGGUUCUGGAUACUUGACUGUUUACUCGGUAAAAGCCUCUAAAAGAAAAACGUGUGCUGAUCCCAGAAAGUGUCUGCUGUGAAGAGACCUGAAUAGACAGGUUGGUCAUGUGAAGAUUUUGUUUUGUUUUUUUAAAAAGUGCAACUGUCAGUGCUUGUUGUUGGUCUCCUCCUGACCCGAGCUGGAGAUGCCAUUCUGGGGCUGGCUGGAGCCGGAGCCCAGGCCGUACAACCUCCCACAAUACUUUGCGUCGUCAAUGUUGUCCUCAAAGAAAAGCUGAACAGAAGAACAGAGUCAGGAGGCCCUCUGCAGGUGGAAGGGUGUAGUGCAGCAAAAUGGGAUGCGCUUGAGUUUACCUCUUUCAUCCUGAAGAACGCCAUCCCCGUGAGCAGCGAAUCAGAACCCGCUUGAUGCUGCCUCCCAAUCCUUUUCAGUUCCAACUGAUCCGCCACUUCCUGUAACCCGCCCUGAGUGCGAAAACAUUUUGUUUGGACGUUUUUCCACAAAAUCACCACUUGUUCCACCUGGAGGACUCUGAAUUAAAAAGGUUAGAGAAAUGAAUGCUGCACCCAAAAACAGAUGCCUUGAUUUUUCAUUUUGGUGGAAAAAAAUAACAGGCGGUAACAUAAGAUUGCUUUAAUUUACAUUUCUUUGAGGUAAGUGUCACUGAUGUGGCAUCUGUAAAGCUGACAUUUAUGGUGACGUCCAACUGCUUAACAUUUACUGUUACUGUCGCAGAAAAAAAUUGCCAAUUGGCUAUUUUGGUUGGGGAAAAUUAAUUUAUAUACAUGGUUUCAUAAUACACAAUGGUGUCAUUGUUUUUGUCAGGUAUAUUUGAAAUAGUAAAAAAAAAAAAAUGUAGAUUAGAAAUGGGAUGCGUACAAUAUACAUGGGGUAAAUAUUGUACAUUUAAAAACAUGAUUGUAACCUAUGGUGUACAAUGAGAUAUGAAUAUUAAACAACAAAUUAGGGAUGUCUGAUAAUAUCGGCUCACCAGCCUGAUGUCGGCAUAAAAACGUCAUAUCGGUAUCAGGUUUUUUCCCCCAAUAAUGAAAACAGAUUUGUUUUUUUAACUGCUGUAUAUAGGCCUAUGGGCUCCCGUAUUUUCCAGCACACAAAUGAUGACCUCACCAAAACAUGUCUAAAGCGUGUAAACAACCCUGUUUAGCUAGGAACAAGCUUGCUCGCCCUGUACCCGACUACCAUUAUGUAUCUGUGUCUGUGGUGUCUCCUUCGGACCUUAAACUUGCAAUGACUGCAAAGCAUUGGUUAUAUGAAGUGGAACCAAGGCUUCUUCCUUCAAUACUUCCAAUUCCCAGGGCGAAUUAUUAUUAUUAGCUACAGUACAUAUGCUUUGUGUUAUAAGUGACAAAGCAAGUUAGUGUAAUAUUGAAUAAAAUAUUUCUUUAACACUUUAGACACCCCGGUUUACAGUGUUUCUUUUUAGAAUGUAACAGUUUAAACAGUGUAUUAUUUUGUGGUUAGCAAAUUACAGUUCCUUAUUAGCUGAAGUCCAUCUCUACUGAACACUGACGGCACACUGCUUUUAUCUUAUGAUCUUGUCUUUGUCCGUUUAUGUCUUUCACCAGGUGGCAAAGUGAUCAAAAAUAGAAGACUAACAAUGCAAGAGGGUCUCUCAGCUCUGGAUUUUCCUUGGCACUAUCGCUAGCCACAACCCCGUUCUUGCCAAAGGCUGAGCCGUACCGUUUUCUUCCUUCUCGAUCUCCGCUUCCACGUCGAAUGCCUCGUCUGCGUUCAAGAGCACUACCCAAGCUUGUGGAGGUGCAUCAUAAUGCCCAAUGCCCAAUGAAAUGUUUACUGUACAGGACAUCGGUACGCAGUUGUACUGAAUCAAAGGGUUAUGUUCUGAAAAUGUAUUUGCACAAAUAGAAGUCUGGUACUUUCUACAAAUAAGAAUGGUGUUUUUACCUUG